AUGACUGGCCUCUUCCCAGAGGAAGCCCAAGCCCCAGGCUCAAGGCCCUCUUCUGCCCUCAAUGGAGCUUUGAUACCCGAUGACAGAUUCUGGCUUAUCGAUGUCUGCAGACGGGCAGUGGCCAGACUCAAUAUCGAGUGCCCUGCACCCGUGGGGGGUGGCGGCGCCAAAAGGGAUUGGUUUGAUGGGAGGAGACUCCCUUCUCACACCGUCCCGGGAAAGCAACUUCUCCCAGCGGUCCCAGCUUGCGUGGCGGAAGCCAAGCUCAACUGGGACAAGCCCUUGUCCAGUAAAGACCAGGCACUUUACGAACAUGGACAUUAAGGACAUGGAGGAGUUGGUCAAGCUCCCAGUAGUUGAGCCGUCACUGGCCUACCACCUUAACCCAGUGCAGCAUCACAAGCCGUCAUGCAGAUCUCAACCUACGGGCCUCCAGAGGUGCCAUUCAAGGCUGUGCGCGCUCCAUGAGCCUUGCUGUGGUGGGGGGACGCCUUAAGGCAAUAGUUCACUACGUGUCCUGGCCUGCAUCCUCUCGGGUGGAGCACAGAGCACAAGGGCACAGAGCAAAAAUACAAGAAAGGGGCAACUCGCCAUAAUGCCUCCAGAGGGCGCUCCAGCACCAAUGAGUUGUGGGCAACUCGCUGCAAGAGGAGGGAACUGGUGCGCAUGCGCAGUCCAGCCCUGGGUCUUGUCCACAGUCACAAAAGGGUACAGACUGCAGUUUGCUAUGAAGCCAUCCGUUUUCAUUUGAGAUUCAUGCUUAUGCUCAACAUGCUGUCUCGCUCUAUUCGUCGAGGCAACUGGUUCACUUCAGUCUACGCUUAUUUUUACAUAAGUAUUCUUCCAGUGCACAGGAGGUUUCUCAGGUUUGCCUUUCAAGGCACAGCCUACGAAUACCUUGCUGUCCUCUUCGGGCUAGCACUAGCUCCCCGAACAUUCAGCAAGUCAGUGACUAUCACAUUGGAUAGGCUAUUAUAUUGGUUUAUAAUAGCAAGGGUUUACAGACCCUGGAGGGCCUGAGGGCUCAUUCCACCAGAGGGAUGGCUACCUCUUGGCCUGAGGGAUGGCUACCUCUUGGGCACUGUUCAAAGGCAUCUCUUUGCAAGAGAUUUGCAAUGCGGCAUGUUGGGCCACCCCUCAUACAUUUAUGAGGUUAUACCGACUGGAUGUCACUGCACCUUUGUUGGUUUCAUACUGUCCUCAGUGUUGGAGCCUCUGAGGUGUGAUGCUGUUGGGACUACCCUGGCUUCAGAGAGCAUGUUUGCGAUACGAGAGUUGGCCAUAUCCCAUAACUGAGACAUCAAAAUGAGGCACAGUCUACGAAUACCUCGCUGUCCCUUUCGGGCUAGUACUAGCACCCCGAAUGUUCGGCAAGUGUGUGGAGGCGGCUCUAGCACCAAGAGUAUCUACCAAGAGUAUCUCUAUAUAGACGAUUACCUGCUUUUCUCCCCAACACAAGAGCAAGCAGUACGAGACACGCCUUCCCUUCUCAACCAGAAAAAUAGCUGUUUGGUACCCGCACAGAGAAUAGAUUACCUAGGCGUCAAGCUGGAUUCUCUCUCUUAUAGAGCUAUACUAUCAGACGGAGCAGAGCACACCUCCGCUCAUUACGUGCGACUCAUGUCCCGGGUGUACUGAAUGUAGGAGCGGACUUGUUGUCCAGAGAGAAUCCCCUUUAUGGGGAUUGGAGACUCCAUCCCCAGGUGGUGAACCAGAUCUGGGAGAGAUAUGGUCUAGCCACCGUAGAUCCAUUCGCAUCGCACAAAGACACGCACUGUCCAUUGUUCUUUGUGAAAGCACACCGCCCGGGCAUACUUAUUUUCCACCAUAAUUAGCAAAUAAAUUCAUUAAAAAUCCUACAAUGUGAUUUUAUGGAUUUUUUCUCUCUCAUUUUGUCUGUCAUAGUUGACGUGUACCUAUGAUGAAAAUUACAGGCCUCUCUCAUCUUUUUAAGUGGGAGAACUUGCACAAUUGGUGGCUGACUAAAUACUUUUUUUCCCCACUCUAUGUAUUCACCCCCUUUGCUAUGAAGACCAAUUACCUUCAGAAAUCACAUAUUUAGUUAGAUUGCACACAGGUGGACUUUAUUUAAGUAUCACAUGAUCGAGAUGAAGUAGCGUGGAAAAAAGAAUGGGGGGGGGGAAAUAUACUUCUCCCAUGGGCAAAGAAAUUCAAAAGGGGUGAUGAUAUUAAUUAAUAGUAAUUUCGAUCCGAAUGUGCAAAUUGUCCAAAUAGAUACGCAAGGUAGAUGGAUUAUUUUAAAUAUGGUAUUGGACCAUAAACAGAUAUGGCUCAUUAACCUUUACGGACCAAAUAAUGAUGAUCCACAAUUCUUUGACAAUAUAUAUAAUAAAUUAUCAAGCCUGCAAGCAACUCAAGACAAUAUUAUUAUGGUGGGGGAUUAUAAUACUGUUUUAAAUAGCUCAAUGGACCGAAAAGGAAAUCACACCACAAACAAUCACCCACAUGCUCUUAAGGAAAUUGUGAAUGUCAUGGAUACAUUAGAACUAGUAGAUAUAUGGAGGCUUAAAUAUGCUGAUCUAGUGAGAUAUACAUGGCGGAGACUGAAUCAAGCUAGUCGUCUUGACUUCUUUCUUAUCUCAUUCUCGUUGGCACCAAAAGUAAAAAAAAGUGUUGAUAGGGGACAGAAUGCGGUCGGACCAUCAUAUAAUAGGCAUAUACAUUACUCUGACUGAAUUUCCACGUGGGCGAGGAUAUUGGAAAUUUAAUCAAAGCCUAUUGGAUGAUAAUUUAUUUAUAAUUAGAACAAAGGAAUUUAUAACUGACUUUUUCCAACAUAACAUAGGUACAGCGAAUCCCCUUAUUGUAUGGGACACCUUUAAAUGUGCCUUUAGAGGCCAUGCAAUUCAGUACUCAUCUCGAAAACAAAAGCAAUUUAGGUCAAAAGAGUUUAUACUAAGAAAGGAAAUAGAAAGUCUAACAGAACAGAUAGAUGGCAAUAAAAACUGUAACAUAGAGGCUCAGAAUAAAUUAGAGGAAAAACAAAAAGAAAUGGAAAAACUUAUUCAAGAAAGAUCAAGUGUAAUAUAUUAUAAAAAUAAAGCAAACUGGAUGGAAUAUGGGGAAAAAUGCACAAAAUUCUUUUUUAAUCUUCAACAUAGGAAUGCUACCAAAAAGAACUUAAUGAAACUGGUUACAAUUGACGGAGUCACCCAUAAUUCACCUAAUGAUAUUUUGAAGGAAGAAACAAAGUACUUUAAGCAUAUGUUUUCUUUUCAGUCGCCUCCAUCUCCUCUAACUGAAGCUAAUUGUAGAGAUUUUUUUUCUAUUGAUAAUGUCAAAUUAACAGCCACACAGAAAGACUCAUGUGAAGGUGAAAUUACAGAGGAGGAACUUCUGGAUGCAAUUAAAGACUUUAAGUCCGGGAAAACUCCAGGGUUGGAUGGCAUACCAAUCGAGGUAUACCAAACCUUUUUUGAUAUACUAAGAGGACCGUUAUUAGCAUGUUUUAACCACUCCUAUGUAAAUGGUAGAUUAUCUGACACUCAAGAAGAAGGUCUGAUCUCAUUAUUACUGAAACAGGAUACAAGUGGAAAAUAUAAAGAUCCAGUCCAUUUACAAAAUUGGAGGCCCCUUACACUUCAGUGUUGUGAUGCAAAAAUCCUAGCAAAAUGUAUAGCGCAUAGAAUUAAAAAGGUAUUGUCGGAUAUUAUUCAUUCUAAUCAGACAGGUUUUUUACAUGGAAGAUACAUUGGAGAUAAUAUAAGGCAAGUAUUGGAAACAAUAGAACACUAUGGAAAAUAUGGGAAACCAGGCCUGCUAUUCAUAGCAGACUUCGAAAAGGCAUUUGAUAAAGUUCGACUGGGAUUUAUAUAUAAAUGCCUGGAGCAUUUCAAUUUUGGAGAAUCUCUUAUAAAAUGGGUCAAAAUCAUGUAUAGUAACCCUAGGUGUAAAAUAGUAAAUAAUGGCUAUUUCUCAGAAAGUUUUAAACUGUCAAGAGGAGUGAAACAAGGUUGUCCACUAUCGGCAUAUCUAUUUAUUGUGGCCAUCGAGAUGUUAGCUAUUAAAAUCAGAUCCAAUAAUAAUAUCAGAGGAUUAGAAAUACAGGGCUUAAAAACAAAGGUGUCAUUGUACGCAGAUGAUUCAUGUUUUCUUUUAGAUCCACAACUAGAAUCCCUCCACAGCCUCAUAGAGGAUCUAGAUACAUUUUUUAACCACUCUGGAUUAAAACCAAAUUAUGACAAAUGUACUAUAUUACGUAUUGGAUCACUAAAAAAUACAAUUUUUACAUUACCAUGUAGUUUACCAAUAAAAUGGUCUGAUGGUGAUGUGGAUAUACUCGGAAUACAUAUCCCAAAGGAAAUAAAUGAUCUCACUUCAAUAAAUAUUAAUAGAAAGUUAGCAAAAAUAGAUAAGAUCUUACCACCAUGGAAAGGAAAAUACCUGUCAAUUUGUGGAAAAAUCACCCUGAUUAACUCUUUAGUAUUAUCCCAGUUUACCUAUUUGCUUAUGGUCUUGCCUACGCCUAGCAAACAGUUUUUUUAAUUAUAUGAGAAAAAAAUAUUCAAUUUUAUUUGGAACGACAAGCCAGACAAAAUUCAAAGAGCAUAUUUAUAUAAUGAAUAUGAAUUCGGAGGACAGAAAUUAUUAAAUAUUAAAGCAUUAGACCUAUCACUAAAAUCUUCAGUCAUCCAAAAGUUAUACUUAAAUCCGAACUGGUUCUCAAGCAAAUUAGUAAGAUUGUCUCACCCACUGUUCAAGAAAGGCCUUUUUCCCUUUAUUCAGAUUACAACCUCUCACUUUCAGUUAUUUGAAAAGGAAAUAAUCUCCCAAAUGUCACUAUUUCUAAAACAAGCCAUAGAAAGUUGGUUGCAAUUUCAAUUUAAUCCUCCAGAAACGACAGAACAAAUAAUGCAACAAAUAUUGUGUUUAAAUUCAAAUAUACUAAUUGACAAAAAAACUUUAUUUUUUGACAGAAUGUUUAAAAAAGGUAUAAUCUUCGUAAAUGAUAUCAUUGGUAGGACUGGUGGAGUUAUGUCGCACAUGCAGCUAACAAAAACAUAUGGAAAUGUCUGCUCUACCCAAAAUUACAACCAAAUAAUUGCAGCCUUACCGCAAAAGUGGAAGAGGAAAGUUGAAGGGGGAGAAAGUAAGGAACUUGUCUGUCGGCCUUGCAUUAAAGAACAUAAUUGGUUAAGGAAAACUGUGAUAAAUAAAAAAGUAUAUCAGUUUCACUUAAGGACCAAAGGAUUGACAGCCGUCCCAUAUAGAUUGCAAAAUAGUUGGGAAGAGAUCUUUGACGUACCGAUCCCAUGGCAUAGUGUUUAUGAACUGACACGCAAAACGACACCGGAUUCAAAAAUUAGAAUCUUUCAAUUUAAAUUAUUAUAUAAAAUUCUUGCUACCAAUAGAAUGUUAUUUAUAUGGGGGAUACAAUCUUCCCAGCUCUGCAGAUUUUGCUGUGAAGAGAUAGAAUCAUUAGAUCAUUUGUUUUGGUUCUGUCCAUUUGUAGCUUGUUUUUGGACACAGGUCCAGGAAUGGCUAAAGGAUUGCAAUAUUUACCUGGAACUAACCUUGCAGAUAGCAUUACUGGGUGAUCUGAAAAGUCAUAGUCAAUCAAUCAAUAAUAUAAUAAUACUUUUAGCAAAAAUGUUUAUUUUUAAUUCACAAUCUGUAGAAGCAAUGAGAAUAGAAAGGUUCAGAACUUUUGUAAAACAUCACAGUACGGUUGAAAUAUAUAUGGCAAAUAGAAAUCCUAUAUGGAUGGUGUUAAGAGAUAGAUGGGAGGUAUUGAAUAGAGUUGAAGGAUGGGACUAAUAACAAAUAACAACAAAUAAUAACAAAGAUAGCUAAUAAUGUAAGCAUACUGUGUCCAUAAUAAGUAUAUAGGUUGUAUGUUGGGAGCUUUUGGGAAAGAGCACAGUUAGAAAGAUAUGGCAUUUAGAAGCAAACCGGAUGGACAUCAUGAAAAUGAUCGGAGAGGUUGAGAGUAGAAGAAGUUCAGGAGCAAAAAAAUAAAUAUAUAUAUAUAUAUAUAUAUAUAUAUAUAUAUAUAUAUAUAUAUAUAUAUAUAUAUAUAUAUAUAUAUAUAGAAUUAUUGUAAAAUUAACUCUGUCCAUAAGGUGUAGAUAGUAAGUAUAGACCGGAAGUAGAGGCCUGGGCGUUGUUGUUCACUAAUUUACUCCAAGUAGGGAAAGGAUGGUGGGGUUGAAAAGUAAUAAAGGGGAAUAUAUAUAUAAAAAAUAAAAAUAAACAUGGGGGAUUGGAAGUGAUGCAGACAAUUACAUUGAUAGAAGAUACAAUCUAUCUGCAAUAUUAAGCUGAUCCAUUCCCCCCCAAAAAAUAAAUAAAAUAAAAAUAAAAAAUAGAAUAAAUAAUAAAAAAUAUUAUAAAAAAAUAAAAUAAAAAAAUAAUAAAGGUAUCACAUGAUCUGUCACAUGAUCUCAGUAUAUAUACACCUGUUCUGAAAGUCCCCAGAGUCUGCAACACCACUAAGCAAGGGGCACCACCAAGCAAGUGGCACCAUGAAGACCAAAGAGCUCUCCAAACAGGUCAGGGACAAAGUUGUGGAGAAGUACAGAUCAGGGUUGGGUUAUAAAAAAUAUAUACGACACUUUGAACGUCCCACGGAGCACCAUUAAAUCUAUUAUUAAAACAUGGAAAGAAUAUGGCACCACAACAAACCUGCCAAGAGAGGGCCGCCCACCAAAACUCAUGGACCAAGCAAGGAGGGCAUUAAUCAGAGAGGCAACAAAGAGACCAAAGAUAACCCUGAAGGAGCUGCAAAGCUCCACAGCGGAGAUUGGAGUAUCUGUUCAUAGGACCACUUUAAGCCGCACACUCCACAGAGCUGGGCUUUACGGAAGAGUGGCCAGAAAAAAGCCAUUGCUUAAAUAAAAAAAUAAGCAAACACGUUUGGUGUUUGCCAAAAAGGCAUGUGGGAGACUCCCCAAACAUAUGGAAGAAGGUACUCUGGUCAGAUGAGACUAAAAUUGAGCUUUUUGGCCAUCAAGGAAAACGCUAUGUCUGGCGCAAACCCAACACCUCUCAUCACCAUGAGAACACCAUCCCAGCGUGGGGAUGGCAGCAUCAUGCUGUGGGGAUGUUUUUUAUCCACAGGGACUGGGAAUUGAAGGAAUGAUGGAUGGCGCUAAAUACAGGGAAAUUCUUGAGGAAAACCUGUUUCAGUCUUCCAGAGAUUUGAGACUGGGAUGGAGGUUCACCUUCCAGCAGGACAAUGACCCUAAGCAUACUGCUAAAGCAACACUCAAGUGGUUUAAGGGGAAACAUUUACAUGUCUUGGAAUGGCCUAGUCAAAGCCCAGACCUCAAUCCAAUUGAGAAUCUGUGGUAUGACUUAAAGAUUGCUGUACACCAGCGGAACACAUCCAACUUGAAGGAGCUGGAGCAGUUUUGCCUUGAAGAAUGGGCAAAAAUCCCAGUGGCUAGAUAUGCCAAGCUUAUAGAGACAUACCCCAAGAGACUUGCAGCUGUAAUUGCUGCAAAAGGUGGCUCUACAAAGGAUUGACUUUGGGGGGGUGAAUAGUUAUGCACGCUCAAGUUUUCUGUUUUUUUGUCUUAUUUCUUGUUUGUUUCACCCCCAAAAAUAUUUUGCAUCUUCAAAGUGGUAGGCAUGUUGUGUAAAUCAAAUAAUACAACCCCCCCAAAAAUCCAUUUUAAUUCUAGGUUGUAAGGCAACAAAAUAGGAAAAAUGCCAAGGGGGGUGAAUACUUUCGCAAGCAACUGUAGGCUUUGACAAUAACACAGUAAGGAAACACCCUCUGUUAUGUUGUUUAAUGAAGGGAGUGCUUUACUUAUGCUCAGUGUCCAAGCCUUUAGCCCCGUCUUUGGACCUGUCUAUUGUGCUUGAGGCCGUUUCACUGCUGCUGGAAAGCGUGGAGAUGUAAUAUCUCUCCUUUACUGAUUGCCCUGCGAGUGAGUGAGCUGCACACACCGUCAGUCCACCAUUCGUGCCUACAGUUAGCUCUGGGGUUAUCCAAGGUAACAUUGUUACCCAACCCCACCUUUAUGCCUAAGGUCAGCAGCAAUUAAAAGAGUUUAUGGCUUUCCACCUGCCGCCCUUCACUUCUACGGAAGAAGAGCGUCUCCACCGUUUAUGUCCAGUGCACGCUUUUCACUUAGAUAGAACGAGAGCAUGGCGAAAGAGUGACCAACUCGUCUUGGGCCCCCCCUGCAAGGGUGGGCCCCUCUUUCAUCAACGGCUAUCCCAUUGGAUAGGCUUUUAUAUUGGCUUAUAAUAGCAAGGGUUUACAGCCCCCGUAGGGUCUGAGGUCUUAUUCCACCAAAGGGAUGGCUACCUCUUGGGCACUGUUCAAAGGCAUCUCUUUGCAAGAGAUUUGCAAUGUGGCAUGUUGGGCCACCCCUCAUACAUUAAUGAGGUUUUACCGACUGGAUGUCACUGCACCUUCAUUGGUGCAUACUGUCCUCAGGGUUGGAGCCUCUGAGGGGUGAUGCUGUUGGGACUACCCUGGCUUCGGAGAGCAUGUCUGCGAUACGGGGGUUGGCCAUAUCCCAUAAGUGAGACAUCGAAACGAUUAUUCGAAAUAGUCUCACCGCAUUUCCAUGCUCGCAAGAGGCCAAGGAAGAGAAGCAUGCUUGAGAAUGACCAGAGAAGGGGUGAGUGGCGCCUUAUAAGGAGGGAAGGGGCUCACCUCAUUCAUCACUCGACCUGUCUGUCUCCAACAGACGUUGUGUGAUUGGUUCUUCAAGUUAGUGAUCCGCUAGAGUGAAUUCCAUAAGUGAGACAUUUCACUCAUAUUCUCAUAUAACCGGGGUUAUGCAAGUAACACUCAAUUUUUACUCCCGCAAAUACAUAACAGCAGCAGUAGAGUAAUGUUGGCCUUAUCUCUGUGACGAGGCCUAGUGUGUGGUGCAGACACACAAACACACACAGGCUGAAGGAGAAGAGGGCGGGACCUUGAGGAUGAAAGACUGGUGGACAUUUGUCAGAGAGUCGCGGGGAGGGGGAGGUACGGGGGAUCCCUGCCAUCCGAGGGGGUUGGUUCUCCCAAAAAGUGUCAACAAAGAUCUGUCACCAACAAGAUCCCAUCUGGAUAAGGCCCUCCAUGCCCUCCCUCUGGGGCGCUGUUGCUGCCUUGCCACCCUGUCUCCCUUCCUGGUGCUACUGACAAAGUCCCAUGAGCACCAGGGAUAAACAAAUGUACUUCACCCUCAAUCUGUUCAUGCAUCUCUCUACACAUGGGAUGUGUCCCAAAUGACACCAUAUUCCCUAUUAUAGUGCACUACUUUUGACCAUGGGCUCUGGUCAAAAGUAGUACAGGGAAUAGGGUGCCAUUUGGGAUAAAGACCUAGUACAUAAGAGACAUGAAGAUAGACCCUUUCUACUCUCAUUAUGUUGUAUACCAUGUCUUACUGUAAUUGAUGUAUACAGGCACUUUGAGAGAAUACUGAGAAUCGCAGCAUGAAGCUUUAGUACCCUAUGGGCCCUGGUCAAAGUACCCUUAUAUGUGUGCUUAAAGCUCUAUCUAUUUCUGCAAUAGGGCUCUCAAAAAUAAGGAGAUUUCUAUUGUCUGUGUUCCUACAGGAGGUCGUGAUAAGAGAGGUGGCCCCAUACUGACCUUCCCUGCCAGAAGCAACCAUGACAGAAUAAAACACGAGGAGCUGCGACAGCUGGUGACGUAUCUCUCCACCGUGCCCAGGUAAGAACAGUGGAGAUGUAUCUGAUUUAUGAUCAGUUUUGCUUUUUAGAUCACAAUGAAUAAGGUUAAAGCAGCUUAGUGUUUUUUUUAUCUUGUUCUGGGGCAACUCUGCAGAAUGGUCACUAGCUGGCACAGCCACAAAGUCUAACCUUAACCCUAACCUUAACCACACUGCUAACCCUAACUUUAAAUUAAGACCAAAAAGCACAUUUUAGUUUUCAUGAAUUUUUACAAUAUAGCCCAUUUUGACUUUGCAGCUGGCCUAUCUAAGGGGAAAUUGCUUAGUUCUGCCUUCAGGACAAGACUAAUGACAAUAAACGUCAACCUGCAAGAUUACAUAGACAGAUGGGACCUUAUUCUAGAUCAGCACUCCAACUCUGAGACUCUGAGACAUACGGUCCCUGGAAUCAUUUCUUACAUUUACAUAUUACAUUUUAGUCAUUUAGCAGACGCUCUUAUCCAGAGCGACUUACAGUUAGUGAGUGCAUACAUUUUCAUACAUUCUUAAUCAUACUAAUGUAAACAUGACUUAAUGUAUGUGGCUAGCAGGAGAAACAUGCCGUCUCCAUGUAUGUUGACACACGGCAUACACAUUAGAGCUUAUUUCAAUAUGGUCCAUUCUGUUUUGUUGUCAUAAGGAGAGGGUCAUCCAUGUUGUGGUGUACUGUAUAUCAUGAAAUGUAGAUAUUAUUUGAAUGAAUAUUCUUAGAUUUUGUGUGUCAAGUCAAGUGUUCCUUUUGUGAUUGUAAUUCUCAGAGGAAAAAUGUGAAAGUGCUCCCACAGAAAGAUUAAUGGAAAUUGUAGAUACAGUUUACAUACACUAUAUAUACAAAAGUAUGUGGACACCCCUCCAAAUUAGUGUUUUCGGCUAUUUCAGCCACAUCCGUUGCUGACAGGUGUAUAAAAUCAAGCACACAGCCAUGCAAUCUCCAUAGACAAAUAUUGGCAGUAGAAUGGCCUUACUGAAGAGCUCAGUGACUUUCAACGUGGCACCGUCAUAGGAUGCCACCUUUCCAACAAGUCAGUUCGACAAAUUUCUGUCCUUCUAGAGCUGCCCCGGUCAACUGUAAGUACUGUUAUUGUGAAGUGGAAACGUCUAGGAGCAACAACGGCUCAGCAGGUAAGUGGUAGGCCGCACAAGCUCACAGAACGGGACCGUUGAGUGCUGAAGCGCGUAGCGCGUAAAAAUCGUCUGUCCUCGGUUGUAACACUCACUACUGAGUUCCAAACUGCCUCUGGAAGCAACAUCAGCACAAUAACUGUUCAUUGGGAACUUCAUGAAAUGAGUUUCCAUGGCCGAGCAGCCGCACACAAGCCUAAGAUCACCAUGCAUCGGCUGGAGUGGUGUAAAGCUCGCCGGCAUUGGACUCUGGAGCAGUGGGAACGCCUUCUCUGGAGUGAUGAAUCACGUUUCACCAUCUGGCAGUCCGACGGACAAAUCUGGGAUUGGUGGAUGCCAGGAGAACACUGCCUACCCCAAUGCAUAGUGCCAACUGUAAAGUUUGGUGGAGGAGGGGCUGUUUUUCAUGGUUCGGGCUAUGCCCCUUAGUUCCAGUGAAGGGAAAUCUUAACGCUACAACAUACAGUGACAUUCUAGAUGAUUCUGUGCUUCCAACUUUGUGUCAGUUUUGCUUUUUAGAUCACAAUGAAUAAGGUUAAAGCAGCUUAGUGUUUUUUUUAUCUUGUUCUGGAGGCAACUCUGCAGAAUGGUCACUAGCUGGCACAGCCACAAAGUCUAACCUUAACCCUAACCUUAACCACACUGCUAACCCUAACUUUAAAUUAAGACCAAAAAGCACAUUUUAGUUUUCAUGAAUUUGGGGAAGGCCCUUUCCUGUUUCAGCAUGACAAGGCCCCCGUGCACAAAGUGAGGUCCAUACAGAAAUGGUUUGUUGAGAUCGGUGUGGAAGAACUUAACUGGCCUGUACAGAGCCCUGACCUCAACCCCAUCGAACACCUUUGGGAUGAAUUGGAACGCCGACUGCGAGCCAGGCCUAAUCGCCCAACAUCAGUGCCCGACCUCACUAAUGCUUUUGUGGCUGAAUGGAAGCAAGUCCCCGCAGCAAUGUUCCAACAUCUAGUGGAAAGCCUUCCCAGAAGAGUGGAGGCUGUUAUAGCAGCAAAAGGCGGAGCAACUCCAUAUUAAUGCCCAUGAUUUUGGAAUGAGAUGUUCGACGAGCAGGUGUCCACAUACUUUUGGUCCUGGUGUGUACUACUAACAGCCAUUUCAAUAGGAAGACGGAGAACCGUAUAUGAGUUUCUGGUCUGUGAGACGUGAGGGCAUAGAGAUCCUAUAAUUCACUAGCUGGCUAACUAGCUAACAAAUAUACUGUGCAGAUUGGCCAAUAUCAACAAAUUCAUUGUUUUAUACAAUAUUGUACCAUAUUUGAUCAGAAUGAAAGUUUUCCUGACCAAGGUGGUGGAUUAUUUAGUCAUAUUGCUAGGAUGCCAAUGUCCAAUCUAGUGUUAUAUUUCAUUCUAUGUGUGAGGGCCCAUCUUCUGUCUAUCACAGAGGAGGCUGGUGGGAGGAGCUAUAGGAGGAUGGGUUCAUUGUAAUGGCUGGAAUGGAAUUAAUGGAACGGUAUGUGACCUGUUGUCUGAGGUUCUGCAUGGGAAGACGGACAGCACCCCACACACACGCACGCACGGACACACACACACACACACACACACACACACACACACACACACACACACACACACACACACACACACACACACACACACACACACAGUUGCAUUGUUAACUAAUCCAUCCUUAAUAGAGCUGUUGCUUCAGUCUUUUUUUACUCCCUUCCACCUCUGCCCAGCCUGUGUUUGGCUAAUGUAGCGUAUGUAAAUAAAGUAUGCAUCCCAAAAGGCACGCUAUUCCCUAUAACAGUGCUUCCCAACUCCAGUCCUUGAGGACCCCCAACAGCACAUCUUUUUGUUGUAGCCCCAGACAUAAAACACCUGAUUCAACUCAUUGAGGGCCUGAUAAUUAGUUGACAGUUUGAAUCAGGUGUGCUUGUCCGGGGCUACAAUAAAAAUGUGUGCUGUUGGGGGUACUGGAGGACUAGAGUUGAGAACCAGUGCCUUAUAUAGUGCACUACUUUAGACUAGGGCCCAUAGGGCUCUGGUCAAAUGUAGUGCACUCUGUAAGGAAUAGGGUGCCAUUUAGGACUCACCCAUUAAGUGUAUGGACUAGUGUGGAAUGGAGUCUCAUGAAAGCAGCUGGCUGUGAGCCCGUCCUUGAGGCUACAAUGGGCUAAUGUAAACAGUGAGCCCAGGGUUUUCGAGGGGCUCCCUCUCUCCCUCUCGCCAAACCUUUUUAGUUUUCCCAGGAGGGCUAUUAGAGAGACUCCCCGAAGAAAAGCCCGCAGGAAUGAUUUAUGACAGUUUGCUAGAACAGCUGCUCUGUUUCCUUACCUGCCUUAGUGCGUUAAACAUUCUGCUAGCUAUCUGUACAUUGCAGAUCGCAUGUCUCUCUUUGAUGCACGUUAGGGUUUUGUCUCAAAUGGCACCCUAUUCCCUACACUUAAAAAUAAAGGUUCCAGUUGGAACCAAAUAAGGUUUUUCAGAGCGAUGCCAUAGGGGAACCAUUUUAGGUUCUCUGAAGAACCUUAAAUGGAAGAACCACACACACUCAACACCUUAUUUUAUGCAAAUAAGGUGUUGAGCCUUAUUUGCAUAUUUCCCAGGGUGCCUUUCGAGUGCAUUUUAGAGUUAUCAGUACCACCAAUGACUGUGUUUGCUGGUGACAGAGACAUGGUUGUUGCAUUCAUUCAUUUUCAGUACUGCGGCCUUCACCAAGUGAGAGCCUAUAUACAAUACAUACUUUAUAACGCCUUAUUUUGAGGGCCUAGUUUAUACAGUGGCCUGAAAGUCAUGGUUUACAGGUCCCAUCAGUCCUGCAAGUCAUGUUAUGCUGAAGUCAAGUGAUGUGUAAUUAUUAUUGGAAUCCAGCCAGUGGGGAUAUCCAACAUUUGGAAUUUUUAUUCACCAGCUACCUGCAUUCAGAAUAACUGCCAGGGUUGGGAAGACUAAGAUAUGAGACUACCUAAAGCAUCUAAACUGGAACGGUGCAAUAACUCCAAGUAACAGAUUGUAUUAUACUAAACAAAAAUAUAAACGCAACAUGCAUUUCACUGAGUUACAGUUCAUAUGAGAAAAUCAAUCAAUUGAAAUAAAUUCAUUAGGCCCUAAUCUAUGAAUUUCACAUGACUGGAAAUACAGAUAUGUAUCACAGAUACCUUUAAAAAAAAUGGGCCUAACAAUGGGCAUCAGAAUCUCGUCACGGUAUUUCUGUGCAUUCAAUUGCUAUCGAUAAAAUGCAAUUGUGUUCGUUGUCCGUAGCUUAUGCCUGCCCAUACCAUAAGCCCACUGCCACCAUGAGGCACUCUGUUCACUAACAUCGAUGUAAACAAAUUUGUGCACAGAAUUUGUGAGAAAUAUGCUUUUUGUGCAAAUGGAAAAUGUCUGGGAUCUUUUAUUUAAGCUUUAAGUGUAGUUUAGAAAAAUGUAUGUUGUUUUAUUUGAGUAGCAUAAGAUUAAUGAAUCAAUGAAUGUACAUGCAAAAACAUAGAUAUUGAAAUAAACAAUUAAAAUAAUCUACCUGCAACAGAGCCUUCAGGGAAAUAUGAUAUGAUGGUUGUGGUUUUGGUUCAUCUCUGGUUAUUAACACCAACACUGGGGUUCUUUUACACCAUUGAGCCUUAAUUUAACUAUUUUCAGUGUUAAUUUAACUAUUGAAUCAACACUAGACAUGUUACACUGAAAAAUCAACACUAGUAAACAUUGGCCAAUUUGCUGUGUGCUAUGAAAGGGACACAUCUGCAGACUUCCAUUCAUUUCAAGAACCUUUUAGAAUUCUGUGGAUUCCACGUCGGAUGCCAAGCCGUUUUUAAAAUUGUAAGGGUUCUCCAAGGCGAGAGAACUGGAGUGCUGAUAGAUGACCUGGCCUCCACAAUCACCCAUAACCCAAUUGGGAUGAUUGGACGCAAAGGGUGGCUCUUAAGAAUUUUGAGUGGCCGUGGUCUGUGUAUAUCGCGUGCUAAGUGCAAUAGAGAUCAAUCCGCCUGUCCAGUCGGCCGCGACGGAGAUCCAUGGGCGGCGCACAUUGCCAGUCGUCCAGGUAGGGGGGAAUGCCGCAGAUAGUCAUAUAGAGCAUAGGUUGCCGCAGGUUGUGGUUCGAUUCCCACGGGGGGCCGUAAAGAAAAAUAGUGUUCACUACUUAAGUCGCUGAUAAGGCGUCGCUAAUACAUAAAGAAUUAAUAAUAAAUAAGACCAUUCGACCUAUUUUUUCUGAGCGCCUAGCCAUCAUAGUGCACUAUAAGGAUAGGUGCAUUUUUGCAUUUUAGGCCAUUGCGUGAGCCGCCCCCUUGGAUGUUUUUUUAAUUUUUAUUGUUUUACUUAAAGGUCAAGGUCAAAUGUUUAUCAAUUGACAGACGUUUGUGUAUGUUUGAGCUUAGCUCAAAAUGAGUGGCACUUCCAUUAAUGGGUGAUAUACAGUAACUUAUUUUUCUGAAGCCUUUUACCUUCAGUUCAAUGUGUAAACACGGCGAAUGAAUAAUACAGUGCAUUUGGAAUGUAUUCAGACCCCUUGACUUUUUCCACAUUUUGUUACGUUACAGCCUUAUUCAAAAUGGAUUAAAAUGUUUAUUUCCCCCCCUCAUCAAUCUACACACAAUACCCCAUAAUGACAAAGAAAAAACAGGUUUUGAGACAUUUUUGCAAAUGUAUUAAAAACAAAAAACGGAAAUAUCACAUUUACAUACGUUUUCAGACCCUUUACUCAGUACUUUGUUGAAGCACCUUUGGCAGCGAUUACAGCCUCGAGUCUUCUUGGAUAUGACGCUACAAGCUUGGCACACCUGUAUUUGGGGAGUUUCUCCCAUUCUUCUCUGCAGAUCCUCUCAAGCUCUGUCAGGUUGGAUGGGGAGCAUUGCUGCACAGCUAUUUUCAGGUCUCUACAGAGAUGUUAGAUCGGGUUCAAGUCCGGGCUCUGCCUGGGCCACUCAAGGACAUUCAGAGACUUGUCCCGAAGCCACUUCUGCGUUGUGUUGGCUGUGUGCUUAGGGUCGUUGUCCUGUUGGAAGGUGAACCUUCGCCCCAGUCUGAGGUCCUGAGUGCUCUGGAGCAGGUUUUCAUCAAGGAUCUCUCUGUACUUUGCUCCGUUCAUCUUUCCCUCAAUCCUGACUCGUCUCCCAGUCCCUGCUAAUGAAAAACAUCCCAACAGCAUGAUGCUGCCACCACCAUGCUUCACCAUAGGGAUGGUGCCAGGUUUUCCUCCAGACGUGACGCUUGGCAUUCAAGCCAAAGAGUUCCAUGUUGGUUUCAUGAGACCAGAGAAUGUUGUUUCUCAUGGUCUGAAAGUCCUUUAGGUGCCUUUUAGCAAACAAAAAAUGGGCCUUUUACUGAGGAGCAGCUUCCGUCUGGCCACUCUACCAUGAAGGCCUGCUUGGUGGAGUGCUUCAGAGAUGGUUGUCCUUCUGGAAGGUUCUCCCAUGUCCACAGAGGAACUCUGGAGUUCUGUCAGAGUGACCAUCGGGUUCUUGGUCACGUCCCAGACCAAGGCCCUUCUCCCCCGAUUGCUCAGUUUGGCCGGGCGGCCAGCUCUAGGAAGACUCUUUGUGGUUCCAAACUUCUUCCAUUAAAGAAUGAUGGAGGCCACUGUGUUCUUGCGGACCUUCAAUGCUGCAGAAAUGUUUUGGUACCCUUCCCCAGAUCUGUGCCUCGACACAAUCCUGUCUCGGAGCUCUACGGACAAUUCCUUUGACCUCAUGGUUUUUGCUCUGACAUGCACUGUCAACUGUGGGACCUUAUAUAGACAGGUGUGUGCCUUUCCAAAUCAUGUCCAAUCAAUUGAAUUUACCACAGGUGGACUCCAAUCAAGUUGUAGAUACAUCUCAAGGAUGAUCAAUGGAAACAGGAUCCACCUGAGCUCAAUUUCGAGUCUCAUAGCAAAGGGUCUGAAUACUUCUCUAAAUAAGGUAUUUCUUGCAAACAUUUCUUAAAACAUUAUGGGGUAUUGUGUGUAGAUUGAUGAGGAUAUUUAUUUAUUUCAUCCAUUUUAGAAUAAGGCUGUAACGUAACAAAAUGUGGAAAAAGUCAAGGGGUAUGAAUACUUUCCAAAUGCACUGUAUAUCCACCAAGUUGUCUCACUAGCUUGGUCUUAUAUCUGUCAGAGCCUGGGCCCUGCUUACAGAUAUGCUGAAAAUGUUCACAUUCAGUUCGUGGCAUCGUGUGUGUGUGUGUGUGUUUGUCCUGCGUAAUCUAAACACAUAUAUUCCCCCGGUCUGAUCCUUGUGGCCAUGCUGUUAACUGCAGUGGAAAAUGUUUGUGUGUGCCUGUGCAUGUGUAUGCAUACGUGUGUGCGCAAGUGUGUAUAGUGUGUGUGCGUUCAUGGGUGUGUGUGUGGUUGUGUGUGUGUGUGUCGGGUGCUGUCAGCCAGGCGGAGUGACAGGGCUGCACUGAGUGCGUAAAGCCAUUGAUCAGGCCUGGCAGUGGGCCUAUGAAGUCAGCUUCAAAGCCUCUCUGUGUAGCUCUGAAUAAAGACCUGCUUAAUGAGAGUUUAAACAGCCAGCCCGGCCGGAGAGCCAGGGAGAGUCCCCCUGACUCCCCUCCAACUGACCCACCACCAUUACCAACACAUGUUGAGAAUGGAAAAGCAUAGGGGAAUUACAGAGCGGAGAGAAGGGAGCGGGGGUAUGGCCACAUGGCACUCUUCUAGAGCCGUGCUGUCAACCGUUGAGAAAUGAGAGCCUCUCUCCUGACUCGAAGCGAGAGAGCUCUUUUUGUGGUUUUCUGUUUCUCUCUCUCAAGUAGCUUUACAUCUUUCUCUGUCUCUCUUUUCACCUGAGAGGCUGAAUAAAUUCACACAGACGUUUCGGUGUCAACCUUUGUGUGCAUUCUUUAAAGACACUGAAAAUGGUUUCAUAAUGAGUUGUGUGGCUGUGAACGUCAAGAAUUGUAUUGAUACUGUAGCUCCAGAUCACAACAUCCCAGUGCCUGUUACUUUUCUGUCAAUGCUAUUGAUCCAUCCCACCAGUGCCACCACCCACCCACCUUUCCCCCACCCCCCAAUCCCUACCCCAGGCAUUUAUUGGAUUUCCCUCUCUACGUCCAGGACAUUUAUAUUCUCUCUAUUUAUAACUCUUUGAUAUGUGUUUGCUGUGAUAGUUACUGUGAUAUUUCAGCAACAGUCUCAGUUUGUUUUGAGCUCAUUUGAAUUAGCUGAGCUUGCAUGGGUGAGUGAAACUACAAACUGAGACGAUGAUGUCAUAACCACUUCAACAUGUUCCCUCAAUUGAAAGUGAAUGAGCAAGUCGACGUCUCUGUGUCCCAAAUGGGACCCUAUUUCCUAUAUAGUGCACUACUUUUGACCAGGGCCCAUUGUGCGCUAUAAAGGGAAUAGGGUUCCAUUUAGGACACAUCCCAAGUCGAUGAAUGCUGCUGUUCAUUGACAAUCAGUGGGGCAAAGCCAAAGGUCACGGGCUACAUAUCCAUUGACAUUUCAGUCUACAGUACCUGGAAAUUAAAGUAGUGUCCUCACGUAGCACCUCAUCUACUCAACACAAAGGAGAAAUUCAUCCAACCAAUAACACUUCCCUUUCCAACUAGUAUGAUGUGUAUGACUGUGUCAGGGCUGUUUUCCUGUUGUCCUAUGACCAGUGACCAUUUGAGAAGAGAAAAUGGCAGGAAACAAGGGGGCCUAAUAGACUGCUGUUAGUACAAAUGUAUUGGUUGCAUCUCAAUUGGCACCCUAUUCCCUAUGUAGUGCACUAAUUUUGUCCAGAGUCCUAUGGGCCCUGAUCAAAAGUAGUGCACUACAUAGGGAAUAAGGAGCCAUUUGGGAUGCAGACAUGGUCUCCUGUGUGUCCCCCAGUCUUCCAGUACAAAGCAAUGCCAGAAGUAGUGGAGGCUGGAGGAGGAGGGCAUGUGGCGGGCCAAAGCAAUUAGAGGUUAUUUUUAUCUUCUUCCAAUGGCGGUGAAGUGCUUUCAGAGCAUCAGGCCUAAGAAUAGAGCAUUAAUAGUAUUGCAGCCUCAUAACCUGUUAGAAAAGUGGGGCCCUCCGUUUUGCAUCUAAAGAGGACAUGCCCAGGAGGAGAGAAGAGGUAUGUGUGUGAUAUGCUAUCGUUUGUAUGAUAAUCUAAAACGACAGAGCUUAAUGUUGAUGACAGGCUUGUCAGAAAGUAGAAUUGCGGGGGAGCGCACCACACUGAAGGUAGAAGCAGCGCGUUAGCUGAAAACAAGUCCAAUUGAACAGCGCUUGUCAUUUAGUCACAGCAGUUAAACAGUUCCAGUGGUGUAAAGGCUUUAGCACCGCGCCUGGCUGAGAGUCCAGGGGAGUCUAAAUUGGCCGAGGGACAUUAAUUAGGGAGUGUUGGAUGGUGAUGUUGGAUGGCGUGACGUCACCCGCCCCAGCUCGACCCAAGCUCCAUGGAAGUGGACGUGAUGUACAGGGAUUGCUGGAUACUAACGGUUGGUUCUCUCUCUCUCUCUCUCUCUCUCUCUCUCUCUCUCUCUCUCUCUCUCUCUCUCUCUCUCUCUCUCUCUCUCUCUUUUCCUCUCUUUUUCACUCACCCCCCCCCCUCUCUUUCUCCUCCCUCCUCGCUCUGUUUCUCUCUCACUAUCCCUCUCUCCUCUCUCUCUUGCAUGAUUCUUUCAUCUCCUCCAUCUCCCAGUGAGGACGUGUGCAAGCGGGGGUUCACAGUGAUCAUUGAUAUGCGCGGCUCCAAGUGGGACCUGAUCAAGCCUCUACUGAAGACCCUGCAGGAAGCCUUCCCUGCCGAGAUCUGCGUGGCGCUCAUCAUCAAACCCGACAACUUCUGGCAGAAGCAGAAGACCAACUUUGGUAGUGCCAAGUUCACAUUUGAGGUAAGCCGCUCUCUCAGCAUCGCUCAGCAUGGGCGCAAACAUAACCUUGUUUUGGUUGGAAUGUCUGCCCACUGCCCUGGACUAUUUUAUAUUUCUUCAGUCGGCAUUUUGAUGUCGUAUUUCAGCCAGAGUUGAAUAGCACAUUAUUUAAAAGUGUAAUCAAUCACAGGACUAUCAGCGAUACUCCACAAUAGUCGUUAAUUUUAAUAUGUCUCUAAAGCGGACAGGAAGCACAGAGCCGUGUUUUCAGAGGGACUGGUGAGAAAAGAAUGUGUAGAAUGAUUAUUACCUCCCCGCGAUGUUCCCAUCUUCUCUGCCCGUAGUGCUGUACAGAGGUCAGCCAUUAGUAGUAUGCUAGGUAAUGUGAAGUUAUGCUUACACCCCUCGGUCCUCCCCUCUCUCAUUCCUUCCCUCCACAGUGAACUGUAGUGCUAAUAAGAAACAGAAUGCCUGUGCUCCAAAUGUCACCCUAUUCCCUACAUAGAGCCCAGGCCCUGUGUGCUAUAUAAGGAAUAGAGUGCCAUUUUGGACACAUCCAAUGAAGCUUGUAUCCGUUUUGACUAGGGUAACGUAACGAGCCUCUUGAUUGUGUGCUGUUGACAGACUAGCAUGGUGUCAGUGGAGGGGCUGACUAAGUUGGUGGACCCGUCCCAGCUGACAGACGACUUUGAGGGCUCUCUGGAGUACAACCACGAGGAGUGGAUGGAUCUGCGCGUGGCCCUGGAGGAGUUCAUGGGGAGCGCCGUUCACCUCCUCUCCCGCCUGGAGGACCUCCAGGAGCUUCUGGCCAAGAAGGAGUUCCCGGUGGACGUGGAGGGCUCCCGGUGCCUCAUCGACGAGCACACACAGCUUAAGAAGAAGGUGAUGAAGGCUCCCGUGGAGGAGCUAGACCGCGAGGGCCAGAGGCUGCUUCAGUGUAUCCGUUCUAGUGAUGGGUUUUCUGGGAGGAACUGCAUCUCGGGCAGCGCUGACUUCCAGAGCGUGGUGCCCAAGAUCGCCAGCCUGCUGGACAAGUUGCACUCGACCAGACAGCACCUGCACCAGAUAUGGCACGUCCGCAAGCUCAAACUGGACCAGUGUUUCCAGCUUCGCCUCUUUGAGCAGGAUGCAGAGAAGGUGAGUAACCAAGCCCAGAGGGGCCAGAAACACAAUCACAACAACAACUGUUAAGCUGAGUUGAUCUCUGUAUAGAAUUGAAUAGAAUAUAUUUAUUGUUCAUAAAUGGACAUUUGGAAUGAUUUAAAAACAGUAAACGAAACAUACAUCAGACAAUAUGAUACAGAUGAUUACCUCUGCUAACAGAAUAACAAGAAUAAACCCACAUCACAUUAAAGACACUUGGGUGAUUUGACCUUGCAGGGCGUUUAGUAAGACCAGUCUUAUUGCCACACAUGUGCCUUGUGUAUAGUAAGACAGACAAAUAUUGACAAGGAAUUUAUAAUAAAAAGGUUGCAAACUGAUUGAGAGGUUUUGGCAUAUAAAUAUCCCUGAGUCUUGUCUUCAAAUAUUUAUCCUAGAGGCGCAUCGUGAAUGUCCUCAGUACGGGAACCAAUAACAAACUUUGGGCUUGAUGUGAUGUGAGGCCUAGGCUGCGCCCCAAAUGGCACCCGAUCCCCUAUAUAGUGUAAUACUUUUGAUAUCAAAGUAGUAGCACUAUGUAGGGAAUAGGGUGCCAUUUGAGACGUAGCCUUUCUCUGUUUAUAUGGAGGGCCUAAAUACAUAAAAAAACACAGCCAUUUUGUUUGUAUUUAUUUGAAACACAUUAAAUGGGAUAUAAUAUGCUUUUACAAGAUAUUGAGAAAACAGAACAUCUUUCCCUGAGAUGGUAUUUGGGGGAAUAAACAUAUAUUUUGACCACUUUUCCAAGUUAUGAGAUUUUUUAAAUGUAUAUUCCAGAUGUACCCAAAGGUACAUGUAAUAAUUACAUGUAAUUAUCUUUGGUCUCUGAAAAGCUUCCAGGCUUUUAAAGGAAAACAUCAUAUACCCCAAAUACCCCAAAACUCAUCAGGAGUAACAGAACAACAACAACAUGAAUGUAAGGUGAGCACAUGACCUCAUGUUAGGACCUAUACAACUCUGGCAAGGUCAGAGACACAGGUGGGUCUGUAAGAAAAGGUGAUGGUAUUUAGAUGACGAAGAUGAUAUCAUAUGAUUCAAAACAAUAUUUUACUUUGCCAAGUCAUUUCCUUCUUCUCAAGGCAACCAGCCAAAUAAACUAAAGUAGAACUGCCACUCAGUUAGUGUUUACAGAGAGGAAGAAAAACAUUAUUAUUCCCAUAUAACCAUGCAAUAUUCCCUUCAAUCCCUCAAGCCCACACUCCCCACAAUAAACCCUACAAUCAUGAAGAGGCCUUAAUUUGGAUAAGUGCAGUCAGUCCCUUCCCUAAUGAUCGUGGAGCCCCAUGGGGCCUCUGAUUAGGACAGGCCCAGAUAAUGAUUCAUUUCCCUGGGGACAAUGCCAAUCAAGGCAUGGCACACGUACUGUGUGUGUCCUUCCCUGUGUCCUCUCCAAUUGGAUGGUGAUGUGUUAUACAACGCAGUCUAAUCAGAAUCAUGAUAGAUUCAGCAGUUCAGGUACUGGUCAUUUUGUAAGCUCGGAUUCCAUAGGAUUAUUUUGAUUCUGGUCUGACCAAGCACUUGGACAAUCAUAGUAGCAUUCGUGGUUGCACACCUGUACGUUAGUAUUUGUAACAGCGAUUCUAAAGACAAAACACCUUGUUUUACACAACACAUAAUACAUUUUUAAUCCCCUGUAGCUCAGUUGGUAGAGCAUGGCGCUUGCAACGCCAGGGUUGUGGGUUCGUUUCCCACGGGGGGCCAGUAUGAAAAUGUAUGCACUCACCAAAACUGUAAGUCGCUCUGGAUAAAAGCGUCUGCAAAUUUCUAUUUUAUUUUUUACAAUGCUGGUGGAAUGAAAUUGUCAGUGUGUAACCCCUGUAAAGACAGUUCAUGUCUGUGUGGAUUAGGAUCAAAGGUAACAAUAACAGACAGAAGGCCUCCUUUCACUGAGGGAAGGGAGGAGGGAGGGAUGGAGGGGAGGAUGGACCCAGGUGUUUAUUUUUCCUCCUCCUCCAUAAUGACCUCCGUAAUGACCUCUGUAAUGACCUCGUGAUCUCUGUGGCUACGUCCUGAAUGGCACCCAAUACUUUUGUAGUACUCUAUAUAGGCAAUAGGUUGCCAUUUUGAAUGCAAGUACAAAAUGAACAAUUACUGCUCGCCUCGGCUCCACGUCGUCGUCUUCCUCUCCCAUCAUGCACUGGUGAUGAUCAGCCCCCAUAUGACGAAAAAAUUAUAAUCCAAAACAUUCAUUUAUUUCACAAAAAGGCUCAUGGAUUUUAGUGUGGAGAGUUAUAGGUUAUACUCUAGAGAAAAUUAUAUCUCUCUCAUACAAUCAAUAGGUUUCUUUCAAGGAAUGUGGCAUUUUUACAGAGUACAUUUUAGCUUUAUGAUGUGGAAGAAGUCGUUAGUCAUUUAGGAUAAUGAUGUGUAGACUAAUUGAUAAAUGCUCAUAAUCUCUCUCUCUCUUCCAGACUAGCUCUCCGCUGUUCAUCAUCUCCAAGGGAACAUGAUAGGGAGUCAUUUAUCAGCAUUAUCAACUUACUGCACUGAGUCAGAAUUUGUCCCCCCCCCCAAAAAAAAGAAAACAGUCAUUGAGCUAAUUAAUUCUUUAGCCAGCUUCUCUUCAUUUGAUUUGUAAGUUAUUAGAUUAAGCUGUCAAGAUGUGAUUUAAUAAGCAUGACAAGUAGGAGAAUUUACAAGUACGUUGUCAAUCAUAUGGUCAAUUUCCUCAAACCCUACUUUGAGGGAAAGAAAUAUGCAUCAAACCAAAAGAUAUGGAGGAGCACUAUUUCCUAGGCAUUUUCAGCUUUUCCCAUUCUAUUUGCAAAAAAAUAUUGCUUAUUGAAUAAAUAUAAUACAUUUAACUGCAAUUUGAUCGUAGUUUAAUACGAUAAUAAUGAAUAUAGCAUUAUUUAUCAAACAGCUUCUAAUUCAGAGCAAAUUGAAACACCAGCACUGUAAUCUGUUAGAUCGGUAAAAACACAUCGGAUAACUAAUUCCCUUUAUAAGGAAUUCCAUCGGAAGGUAGCGGCGAGAGGUCACACCAGCGUCAAUGUUUAAUUAACAGCUUGAUCAAACCUGAUUAAAUGGAUUUGUUCUAAUGUCGCAGGCUCUUUAGAGCGGCGAUGUAAAGCUGCUGGCCUAGAGAGUUGUUCCUGUGUCACCCAAUAACCACGCUUGUCACGCCACCAUCAUUGUAUAUUUCAUUAGAUAAUAGAGCAUGCUGUCCAGGAUUUUAAAGAGAGAUGGAAAGCCUCCCAAUGACUGCAUUUGAUUAAAUCUGAUCAAUAGUGUGUUAUUAAUGCCAAGGAGAGGACUACAGUAUCAUGUAAUGCAUAGAAUGUUUAUCUGCCGUGGCCUAGGGGGGUCUAGUUGUCCAAACCGCUGCCUCUGGAGCACAUAUACUGCUGAAGCAUGGGUUCAAGUACAGCCCUCUGCUAUUUUCUAGAUCUUUCCUCUUUAUCCUUUCCACAAAAAAAAAAAAAUGUAUCUGCUGUGCUGUGUUACGACAGCUAAACUAUCAAUGGAAUGUCUAAUAUAUACACUACCAGUCAAAAGUUUGGACACACUCAUUGAAGGGUUUUUAUUUAUUUUGACCGUUAUUUACAUUGUAGAAUAAUAGUGAAGACAUCAAAACUAUGAAAUAACACAUAUGCACAAUUGUUAAACAAAUCAAAAUAUAUUUUAUAUUUGAGAUUCUUCAAAUAGCCACCCUUUGCCUUGAUGACAGCUUUGCACACUCUUGGCAUUCUCUCUACCAGCUUCAUGAGGUAGUCACCUGGAAUGCAUUUCAAUUAACAGGUGUACCUUCUUAAAAGUUAAUUUGUGGAAUUUAUUUCGUUCUUAAUGCAUUUGAGCCAAUCAGUUGUGUUGUGACAAGGUAUACAGACGAUAGCCCUAUUUGGUAAAAGACCAAGUCCAUAUUAUGGCAAGAACAGCUCAAAUAAGCAAAGAGAAAUGACAGCCAUGAAGGUCAGUCAAUAUGGAAGAUUUCAAGAACUUUGAAAGUUUCUUCAAGUGCAGUUGCAAAAACCAUCAAGCGCUAUUAUGAAACUGGCUCUCAUGAGGACCACCACAGGAAUGGAAGACCCAGAAUUGCCUCUGUUGCAGAGGAUAAGUUCAUUAGAGUUACCAGCCUCAGAAAUUGCAGCCCAAAUAAAUGCUUCACAAAGUUCAAGUCACAGACUGUUCAACUGUUCAGAGGGGACUGUGUGAAUCAGGCCUUCAUGGUCGAAUUGCUGCAAAAAAAAACACUACUAAAGGACACCAAUAAGAAGAAGAGACCUGCUUGGGCCAAGAAACACGAGCAAUGGACAUUAGACCGGUGGAAAUAUGUCCUUUGGUCUGGAGUCCAAAUUGGAGAUUUUUGGUUCCAACCGCCAUGUCUAUGUGAGACGCGGUGUGGGUGAACGGAUGAUCUCCGCAUGUGUAGAUCCCACCGUAAAGCAUGGAGGAGGAGGUGUUAUGGUGUGGGGGUGCUUUGCUGGUGACACUGUCUGUGAUUUAUUUAGAAUUAAAGGUACACUUAAACAGCAUGACUACAACAGCAUUCUGCAGCGAUACGCCAUCCUAUCUGGUUUGGACUAGUGGGACUAUCAUUUGUUUUUCAACGGGACAAUGACCCAACACACCUCCAGGCUGAUGGAGCACUGCAUCAGAUGACCUGGCUUCCACAAUCCCCCGGCCUCAACCCAAUUGAGAUGGUUUGGGGUGAGUCGGACGGCAGAGUGAAGGAAAAGCAGCCAACAAGUGCUAAGUAUAUGUGGGAACUCCUUCAAGACUGUUGGAAAAGCAUUCCAGGUAAAGCUGAUUGAGAGAAUGCCAAGAGUGUGCAAAGCUGUCAUCAAGGCAAAGGGUGGCUAUUUGAAGAAUCUCAAAUAUUAAAAACAUUUUGAUUUGUUUAACAGUUUUUUGGUUACUACAUGAUUCCAUAUGUGUUAUUUCAUAGUUUUGAUGUCUUCACUAUUAUUCUACAAUGUAGAAAAUAGUAAAAAUAAUGAGUAGGAGUGUCCAAACUUUUGACUGGUACUGUAUAUAUUGUAAUAUGCCAAAUAUGUGCUAUUUAUAUGCGUGCUUUCAUUUUUGUAUGGGUGGCUCCAGCGGGAAUCAAAACCACAAUGCUGGUGUUGCAAUCUCCAUGCUCUACCAACUGGGCCACACAGGACUAGUAACCCAACCAGUAACGAAACCAAUCUUAUGUAUUUGUCCUGUGUUCCCACCAUAGAUGUUUGACUGGAUUAGCCACAAUAAGGAAGUGUUCCUGCAGAGCCACACAGAGAUCGGAGUCAGCUACCAGCACGCCAUGGACCUCCAGACGCAGCACAAUCACUUUGCCAUGAAUUCUAUGGUAUGUGAGGACUGUCAGUGGUAUGUGAGGACUGUCAGUGAAAUGUGAGGACUGUCAGUGGUGUGUGAGGGCUGUCAGUGGUAUGUGAGGACUGUCAGUGGAAUGUGAGGACUGUCAGUGGUGUGUGAGGACUAUAUGGUGCUUGGGGACGAUGUGGUUUGUGGGUACUAUGUGGUAUGUGAGGACUGUCUAUGGUGUGUGACUGUGGUGUGUGGGGACUAUAUGGUAUGUAAGGACUAUAUGUUGUGUGAGGUCUUUAUGUGGUGUAUGGGGACAGGGGAUGUAAUAAUAUGGAUGAUGUCAAUGGUCCUUGAGUCAUGCCUCAGUGAUUUCACUUUGUAUGAGUAAGAGUUGAAUCAUUGAAAGACAUGUUCAAGGAUGGGGUCAAAAGGCCUUUCAAUUACUGGAUUAGUAUUUCAAAAAGGGUUGUAAAAAAAAAAACUACUCCCCCAUUUGACAGCUAUCAUUAAUAUAAUACAGGCCACUGGCAAUGGAGAGCAGAAUUGAGUUUUAAAUAUAAACACACAUAUUCUGAUUAUUAUCGCUCUACUGUAACAGCAGGCUACUUCCUCAAUGUUGAUUUUAUUUCCUCUGGUUAGACUCACCAGUAACACUGCCAUUAUAAUAACUGUUAGGAUAAGUCCCAAAUGGCACCAUAUUCCGUAUAUAGUGCACUACUUUUGAUCUGUCACUUUAUUCCUAGUUAUAUGUACAUAUAGUGGCUUGCGAAAGUAUUCACCCCCCUUGGCAUUUUUACUAUUUUGUUGCCUUACAACCUGGAAUUAAAAUAGAUUUUUGGGGGGUUUGUAUCAUUUGAUUUACACAACAUGCCUACCACUUUGAAUUCUUCAAGGCAAAACUGCUCCAGCUCCUUCAAGUUGGAUGGGUUCUGCUGGUGUACAGCAAUCUUCAAGUCAUACCACAGAUUCUCAAUUGGAUUGAGGUCUGGGCUUUGACUAGGCCAUUCCAAGACAUUUAAAUGUUUCCCCUUAAACCACUCAAGUGUUGCUUUAGCAGUAUGCUUAGGGUCAUUGUCCUGCUGGAAGGUGAACCUCCGUCCCAGUCUCAAAUCUCUGGAAGACUGAAACAGGUUUCCCUCAAGAAUGUCCCUGUAUUUAGCGCCAUCCAUCAUUCCUUCAAUUCUGACCAGUUUCCCAGUCCUGAUGAAAAACAUCCCCACAGCAUGAUGCUGCCACCACCAUGCUUCACUGUGGGAUGGUGUUCUCUGGGUGAUGAGAAGUGUUGGGUUUGCGCCAGACAUAGCAUUUUCCUUGAUGGCCAAAAAGCUCAGUUUUAGUCUCAUCUGAUCAGAGUACCUUCUUCCAUAUGUUUGGGGAGUCUCCCACAUGGCUUUUGGCAAACACCAAACGUGUUUACUUAUUUAUUUCUUCAAGCAAUGGCUUUUUUCUGGCCACUCUUCCGUAAAGCCCAGCUCUGUGGAGUGUAGGCUUAAAGUGGUCCUAUGGACAGAUACUCCAAUCUCCGCUGUGGAGCUUUGCAGCUCCUUCAGGGUUAUCUUUGGUCUCUUUGUUGCCUCUCUGAUUAAUGCAAAGGGGGUGAAUACAUAUGCACGCACCACUUUUCCGUUAUUAGUUUUUUAGAUUUUUUGGAAACAAGUUAUUUUCAUUUCACUUCACCAAUUUGGACUAUUUUGUGUAAGUCCAUUACAUGAAAUCCAAAUAAACAUCAAUUUAAAUUACAGGUAGUAAUGCCACAAAAUAGGAAAAACGGCAAGGGGAAUGAACACUUUUGCAAGGCACUUUAUCUACCUCAAUUACCUUGUACCCCUGCACAUCGUCUCGGUACUGGUACCCGGUGUAUAUAGUUAUCGUUACUCAUUGUAUAUUUAUUAUUACUUUUAUUAUUACGUGCAUUUUUUUUCUCUGCAUUGUUGGGAAGGGCCCGUAAGUAAGCAUUUCACUGUUAGUCCACACCUGUUGUUUAUGAAGCAGGUGACAAAUAAAAUGUUGAUUUGAUUGAUUUGAUAUGGGCCUAAAUAGGGAAUAGGGUGCCAUUUGGGACACACAUUACAGUAGGCAAUGACCUCUACUGCAGUUUUGUUCUGACAGAAUGGUGACAUGUCUGAUACUAUUUGGAUGAGAAAAUCAAGCUAUUUAUAUACCAAACCAAGAGUCUCACAUGGCAUGCACAACCAUGCACAUUUAAAUGGCAUAAUAACACUGGGUAGUAUGGUGAGAUUCUCUGCCAUCUCCUCCAGUCAUCAUUGGAGAGAAUCAUCUCUCCCCAGAUCCCCAGCUUUGUGUGUAUUCGGGAGCAGGCAUGUUGAGUUCUUCGUGUUUGGCACCGAUGUGCAGACACACACACACAGACACACAGGAGGCCCUUCACAGCAGCGUGUGUGUGUGUGUGUGUGUCUCUGUGUGCAUGUGUGUGGCUGUGUGUGCUCCCUCCUCUCCAGUCCUCUCCAGCCUGCUGUGUCUCCAUCAGCCUGCUGCUGGGCUGGGCUGGGCUGGGCUGCACACGGCAGUCAUCAGAGGGGGUAAACAGACACAGACACAGGCACAGAACAGAACCACACUGACCGAAAACCACUCACACACAAAGAGGCAUUUUGGCUCUCACUGAAGAACCUCUCUCUCUCUCUUUCUCCACUCUCUCUCAGCUCCCCAUUCUCUCCCCCCUUGUCUCUCUCUCUCAACCUUUUCUCUUUCUCUCUCUUUCGCCACUCUCUCUCAGCUCCCCACUCUCUCCCCACUCUCUCUGUUCACUCUCUGUCUUUCUCUCUCGCUCCCUCUCGUUAUCACUCUCUCUGCUCUCUCUGCUCAUACAGACUCCCGACUCAUACUGUUAUUAUGUUUUAAUGUGAGUCUUGGCUCAGUGUGCUCAGCGUGCAGCGACCAUGUCAGAGCGUAGUUCCUUAAGCCCUGCUUUAAACCUACGCGCUGUUCAUUUCGAUGGCUUCAUUAGCAGUUCUAAUCAGUUUAGCGGUAAAUAAAGCCCACGGUGGGUGCAUCAUGUGAAGCUGAUAAAUGGAUGGGCCUAAAGCAGCCAGAGAUGAUGAGACUCCCAUAGUGGGGAUGGGUUUUGGGGACUACAGAGCCAGAUGGCAGUAAAGAGCAUGUGAAUGUCUUUCUGUGUGUGUGUGUGUGUGUGUGUGUGUGUGUGUGUGUGUGUGUGUGUGUGUGUGUGUGUGUGUGUGUGGUGGAGUGUCAAAGACAUCAGGGGUGGCCUGCCAGAGAGAGAGAGAUUCACUGAAAGCUGCAGAAUUCUGUCACGCUUGUUGUCGCUAAGCUCUACACCAUCACUUCACGGCGGGCUGGCUCACGUGUCAUGUCUGUGUCAUGUUCAGGUGUAGCAUUGCGUGUUUGGCUAUCAAGUGAUACUACACCACCAGGUAGCUAGACACGCCACAGAGACCAAGCCCUACACAGUUUGUCUACUUUGAUUAAGUCAUUUCUAUGUUAAUAAAUGAAAUAUAUCCUGAAUUAAAUCAAAUAUAUCCUGAAUUAAAUCAAAUACUGUAUAUCCUAAAUUGAAUUAAAUAAACCCAGAAUCUUUUCCCAUAAUAUAUAAUAUCAUCUCCAUGUGUGUCCCUGCCUCUGUGCAGAAUGCCUAUGUGAACAUCAACCGGAUCAUGUCAGUGGCGUCGCGGCUGUCGGAGGCGGGACACUACGCCUCGCAGCAGAUCAAACAGAUCUCGGCCCAGCUGGACCAGGAGUGGAAGGGCUUCGCCGCCGCACUGGACGAACGCAGCACCAUCCUGGCCAUGUCGGCCGUCUUCCACCAGAAGUCGGAACAGGUACAUCGACAGUAGCCUGAAACCCCUACUGUUGUCACUUAGUUACAGUGCCUUCAGAAAGUAUUCAUACCCCUUGACAUUGCACAUUUUGUUGUGUUACAGCCUGAAUAAAUCAUUUAUUACAUCUACACACAAUACCCAUAAUGACAAAGUGAAACAUGUUUUUAUACAUUUUUUCAAAUGUAUUGAAAAUGAAAUACAGAAAUAUCUGAGUCAAUACAUGUUAGAAUCACCUUUGGCAGCAAUUACAGCUGUGAGUCUUUCCGGGUAAGUCUCUAAGAGUUUUGCACACCUGGAUUGUACAAUAGUUGCCCAUUAUUCUUUUCAAAAUUCUUAAAGCGCUGUCAAAUUGGUUGUUGAUCAUUGCUAGACAACCAUUUUGAAGUCUUGCCAUAGAUAUCCAAGCAGAUUUAAGUCCAAUGUAACUUGGCCACUCAGGAACAUUCACUGUCUUCUUGGUAAGCAUCUCCAGUGAAAAUGUGGCCUUGUUUUUCAGGUUAUUGUCCUGCUGAAAGCUGAAUUCAUCUCCCUGUGUGGUGGAAUGCAGACUGAACCAUGUUUUCCUCUAGGAUUUUGCCUGUGCUUAGCUCCAUUCCAUUUAUUUUUUAUCCAGAAAACCUCCCCAGUCCUUAACGAUUACAAGCAUACCCAUAACAUGAUGCAGUCACCACUAUGCUUGGAAAUAUGGAGAGUGGUACUCAGUAAUGUGUUGUGUUGGAUUUUCCCCAAACAUAACACUUUGUAUUCAGAACAAAAAGUUAAUUGCUUUGCCACAUUUUUUACAGUAUUACUUUAGUGCCUUUUUGCAAACAGGAUGCAUGUUUUGGAAUAUUUGUAUUCUGUACAGGCUUCCUUCUUUUCACUCUGUCAAUUAGGCUAGUAUUGUGGAGUAACGAUGUUGUUGAUCCAUCCUCAGUUUUCUCCUAUCACAGCCAUUAAACUCUGUAACUGUUUUAAAGUCACCAUUGGCCUCAUGGUGAAAUCCCUGAGCGGUUUCCUUCCUCUCCGGUAACUGAGUUAGGAAGGACACCUGUAUCUUUGUAGUGACUGGGUGUAUUGAUACACCAUCCAAAGUGUAAUUAAUAACUUCACCAUGCUCAAAGGGAUAUUCAUUGUCUGCUUUUUUUUAACCAUCUACCAAUAGGUGCCCUUCUUUGCGAGGCAUUGGAAAACCUCCCUGGUCUUUGUGGUUGAAUCUGUGUUUGAAAUUCACUGCUCAACUGAGGGACCGUACAUAUAAUUGUAUGUGGGGGGUACAGAGAUGAGGUAGUCAUUAAAAAAUCAUGUUAAACACUAUUAUUGCACACAGAGUGAGUCCAUGCAACUUAUUAUGUGACUUGUUAAGCAAAUGUUUACUCCUGAACUUAUUUAGGCUUGCCAUAACAAAGGGGUUGAAUACUUAUUGCCUCAAGACAUUUGAGCUUUUCUUUUUUUAUUAAUUUGUAAAAAAUUUGAAAAACAUAAUUCCACUUUGACAUUAUGGGGUAUUGUGUAUAGGCCAUUGUCAAACAAAUCUACAUUUAAUCUGUUUUAAAUGCAGGCUGUAACACGCAGCAGCUACUAUGAUGCUGAGUGGGGGGGGGUCUGCCUGCCUGUCUGCCUGCCUCCCUACCUACCUACCUACCUAUCUACCUCCCUCCCUACCUUCUCUCUUCCUGUCUCUGUCUAUGAAGUGACUCACAUGGCUCUGUUGAUUGGUCUAUUUGUCUCUGUUCUGUUGUGUGAAUAUGUCUCCUGGCCUGUGUCCAUGCAGUUCCUGGCUGGGGUGGAGGCCUGGUGCAAGAUAUGCAGUGAAGGGGGGCUGCCCUCGGAGAUGCAGGACCUGGAGCUGGCCAUCCACCACCACCAAACCCUCUACGAACAGGUGACCCAGGCCUACACCGAGGUGAGACACCCUCACAACACUUCCUCAGCUACAGCACUAACUGAAACACUGCUUUAUAGUGCAACCGUGCCUCAAGGCAAUUUGUAUGACAGGGAUGUUUUUGGUGUCCCUCCAUUUAGUAUGAUAUGUUACGUUACGAAUGGAAUAGCAGUCGUACACUAACUGAAGAUCUGGUUUAUAGUGGCAUUCUUUGUUAGUUUAAGAUCCCACCACAUAGCUUUCUAGGAGAAUGACCACAAUGGUAAUGACCCUUUUAUAUAUUUUCAAGAAAGGCAGGUUUUGGUUUUUCAAAGACCAUCAUAAGUUAUCUAAACAUUAUCAUAAACAAUCUAAACAUGGAUGUACACUGUACAUUGCUUUGAAAUAUUGCCCUUAAAUUAAAUGUAAGUCCUUCAAUCAAAUCUGACCAAACACAUACAUACUGUAACUCUUUCAGGACCAUUUUCAAAUAUGACCUUUACCCACCACAUUAAAUCCAGCUGAAUUGCACCUUGUGUGACACAUGGCCUGUAAUAUGUGGACCACUGUCCAUCCAAGUCAGACUGAUUUCCCACAGAAGAUCCUGUAUGAUGAUAGGUUUGUGUUUGUGUAGCAUUUCACUAGAUGCCUCUGCACCACACUGACUUUUGUACUUGUUUGUUUAAUUUUAGUGUCAUCUCUGAAAAGGUUGCUAUUAACGUCUCUGGUUUGAACCAAAAAAAGAAAGGGUUUGUUGUUCUGUUCCAUAUUGUGCCACAGAUUAAGAAAACAAUACCCAUCCCCACGCACCCAAAUUGCAUAUAAUUUAGUAAUUUGCACUGGAAAUGAAAUUACAGCUCUGACCAGCUUGAUUUAGUAUCGUACAUGGACAGCUAGAACAGGCCAGGACUGGAUUUGAUCAGAAGAGAGAUGAUUAACAAGGAACUGACAUUCAAAAUCCUUAUUUUCCUCUGACCGACUUCAAGAUGAAUCUUUUCAGUCAAAUCAUUGUUAUUUAAUGCAGAUAUAGAGUUGCAGAAUGUCGGUAACUUUCCCAAAAUUCCCAGGUUUUCCAUAAAUCCCAGUUGGAAGAUUCCUGGAAUCAGGAUGGAAUAUGCAAGAAAUCCAGGAAUCCUCCAACCAAGAUUUCAGGAAAACCUGGGAUUUUUUUAAACCCUACAGUUAUGUAACUCUCCUAAUGUCAUGUCCCUCUCUCUGUCACCAGGUCAGUCAGGAUGGCAAGGCCCUGCUGGAUGUCCUCCAGAGACCACUGAGCCCAGGGAACUCAGAGUCUCUGACGGCCACAGCCAACUACUCCAAGGCAGUCCACUGUAUCCUGGACGUGGUCCAUGAGGUCCUGCACCACCAGAGACGCCUGGAGAGCAUCUGGCAGCACCGCAAA